ACCAUGCUCAUGCUACAGAGGGGCUGAUAGCUCUUCCCUCCUGCAGGAGAAGCCACUCGUGCCGUGGCCAUGUCACUGUGCUCUUUGGCCUUCGCCCUCUUCUUCACUGUCGUUGCUGGUAUCAAGUGCAAUGGGACAGAAGUGUGUGCCGGAAGCCCUGGUAUCCCUGGCACUCCUGGAAACCAUGGCCUGCCUGGAAGAGAUGGGAGAGAUGGUAUCAAAGGAGACCCUGGGCCUCCAGGUCCCAUGGGCCCCCCUGGAGGAAUGCCAGGAAUGCCUGGACGUGAUGGGCUGCCUGGAGCCCCUGGUGCACCUGGAGAACGAGGAGACAAGGGAGAGCCUGGAGAGAGGGGUCUUCCAGGGUUUUCAGCUUACCUGGAUGAGGAACUUCAGAUUGAACUCCAAGAGAUCAAACAUAGGAUUCUGCAAUUAAUGGGAGUCCUCAGCUUGCAAGGAUCCAUGUUGUCAGUGGGAGAGAAGGUCUUCUCCACCAAUGGGCAGUCAGUCAACUUUGAUACCAUUAGAGAAACAUGUACCAGAGCAGGUGGCAACAUUGCUGUCCCAAGGAAUCCAGAGGAGAAUGAGGCCAUCUCAAGCAUCGUGAACAAGCACAACACCUAUGCCUACCUGGGCAUGGUUGAAGAUGAGACCCCUGGAGAUUUCCAAUACCUGGAUGGGGCUUCUGUGAACUAUACCAACUGGUACCCAGGGGAACCCAAGGGAAGGGGCAAAGAGAAGUGUGUAGAAAUGUAUACAGAUGGGACCUGGAAUGAUAGGAACUGCCUGCAGUACCGGCUGGCUAUUUGUGAGUUUUAAUCAAGCAUUUAGAUAGAAAGAUAAAAUCCCACACUGUCUUUAGCCUCUAUCCCGAUGUUCCAUCUGAUCUCUAGGAUGCUGCAACUCCCUUUCAACCAAAUUUCUUUGUUGCUAUUAGAAUUAGCAGCAUUCUUAGUGACCCCAUCUCCAACAUGGGCCCCAAACUCUUCUCCAUAAUCAUUAGUGAAUUAUGAAAGUCCCACUAGAGUCUUCUGAGCAUUCAUUCAAGGCAGCCAUUGCCAACCUUGCUUGGCCUUCACCGUGAGAUGGAGACAUCCUUUUCCCUUGCCUUGUCCAGUUUCUUCAUUUAUAAAUGGUGUCUAUGAGGUCCCAGCAUGGAAGGACCCUCUAUAUUACACAGAAAGUGCCUGCCAUUGCCCCUUCUAUAUUUCUGCAGCUCACCCUUUCACUGCCCCAAGAUUUAGAAGUCCGGGUUAAACAUAAAGACAGACAUAGGGAACUUCUGGAAAAUGCCUGGUGGGUGGAGCAAGGCUAUAUUAUUAUCUGCACCCAUGCUUUCAAGGCAAACAUGGUCUCAAAGACGUCAGAGAGCUACAGCAUAGUACAGGUGGAACACACCCUCCCUGGUUGACAUAUAUAGCCCCUUCCCUUGGGUUGGAGGUGCCAAUUUAGCCUCUUGGCCUAACAGCAGCCACCCUGGAUUUUAAAAGAACCACCCUUUCCACUCCAGACCCUAUCUCAAGUAAUUUCCUGCUAAUGGACACAGUCUCACUCUACAUCACUGAGGCAUGCAUAUCACUGACUGCACUCUGUUUUUUCCUCUCAUUAACUCAAUCAGCUAUUUUGUUAAAGUCAACUAUGCUCCAGGUGUUAGGCUGUCUUCUUCUGAGCCUUGGGGAUAACUGUUUUCUUUGAGCCUAUUUCUUUGU